AUGAAGUUGCUCACUUCCAUCACCCACUACAUCGCCAUUGUUGCAAUAUCAAUACGCAUUGCACAAUCCCUGCCAUAUCUUCCAGAGGAAGCAAGCUGGAAUCUUAAUCAAAAUCAGACAGCGACACAUCCCCUCGACUACUCGGGUCACUGGGAUGGCCACACAUAUAACCCUUCGCCGGAAAACUGGCGAUUCCCCUUUUACACGAUAUUCCUCGACAGGUUCGUCAAUGGUGAUCCGAGUAACGAUGAUGCAAACGGCACACAGUGGGAACAUGUCUUGACCUCCAACGAGUUCCGCCAUGGCGGCGACGUUCUUGGGCUGGUUGAUACCUUUGAUUAUCUUCAGGGGAUGGGAAUCAAGGGCAUUUAUCUCGCUGGAACACCAUACAUCAAUUUCCCCUGGGCUGCGGAUGGAUACUCCCCGCUCGACCUGACUCUGCUGGACCAUCACUUUGGCACGAUCGUGGACUGGCGCACAAUGAUAUCCGAGGCGCAUCAACGGGGGCUUUACAUCCUUCUCGAUAAUACCUUUGCAACAAUGGGCGAUCUUAUCGGAUUCCAGGGUUUCUUGAACGAGUCCGCGCCGAUCAAUCCCAACGAGUACGACUAUGUAUGGAAGUACGACCGUCGAUACUGGGACUUCCAGCCUGGAAAUGAAGUUGAGAGUGAAUGUCCUUGGGAGUAUCCCCGAUUUUGGGAUGAUGACGGGAACGGUUUGAUCACUACAACCCUCGGUCCUUCCUGUCGGAAUAGUGAAUUUGAUCAGUACGGAGAAGUUGCCGCCUUUGGAAACUACACCGAAUGGGAAGGGCAGAUAUCCAAAUUCGCAUUUGUGCAGGACCGUUUACGCGUAUGGCGGCCAGACGUGCUAGCCAAGAUCAAACACUUUUCGUGUCUAACUGUCACAAUGCUUGAUAUCGACGGGUUCCGCGUUGACAAAGCUCUACAAGUUACCCUUGACUCUCUCGGAGAAUGGUCCGAGUAUAUGCGGGAUUGCGCCAAGCAGGUUGGAAAGGAAAACUUCUAUAUUCCCGGAGAGAUUGUGGCGGGAAACUCUUUUGGCUCGCUUUACAUCGGUCGCGGUCAACAGACAAAUCAAACCAGAUCCAAUAUGACGGAAGCGUUUCUGAUGACGAACAAGACCACCAAGUCAGAGGAUGAUUUAUUCUUGAGACCUGCGGAGAGGUCUGCAUUGGACGGGGCGGCGUUCCAUUACACCUUAUAUCGUGGUUUGAGCCGGUUUCUAGGGUUAGUCUCUCUUUCUCAGCACUUCUACUUCACUCAAACUGAUAUCAUGCUGUUCAGUCUAGACGGUACCUUCACUGCCGAAGGCGAUCCGCCAGUCAACUUUGUGGAUACCUGGAACGGCCUUGUGGAGACCAACGAUAUGGUCAACGUGAACACCGGUAAGUUCGAUCCACGCCACCUAUUUGGUGUCACGAACCAGGAUGUCUUCAGGUGGCCAGGGAUAAGAAACGGAACGCACAAGCAGAACUUGGGGCUGUACGUCGCUUUUUUGCUCAUGCCUGGAAUCCCUAUCGUCUCUUGGGGCGAGGAACAGGAUUUCUACGUACUGGACAACCAGGCCGACAACUACGUCUUUGGUCGUGGGCCCAUGUCAUCCGCUCAGGCAUGGCAGAUGCACGGAUGCUACAAGCUAGGAUCAUCAAAAUACGUUGAUUUCCCGCUUGACCGCUCCCUGACCGGAUGUGAAGAUGAUUCCGUCAGUCUCGAUCACCGCGAUCCGUCUCACCCUGUGCGAGGCCUCGUCAAAAUGAUGUUUGAAAUGCGUCAAAACUAUCCCGUUCUGAACGAUGGCUGGUAUCUGCAGCAACUGUCAAAGCAGACAUUCGACAUCUACCUUCGAGGCAGCAAUGGGGCACCGACCGAGACUGGGAUGUGGAGUGUCAUGAGAUCCCGCUUUGCGGACACACAAAAUUUCGAUGGCCAAGGCCAGGGCAAUCAGAGUGUCUGGCUUUUGUACUCUAAUGACAACAAAACAGUCGACUACCAGUUCAACUGCAGUAGUAAGGACGCUUUGAUUUCGCCAUUUCCCAUGGGAACAAGGGUCAAAAACCUUUUUCCACCGUUCGAUGAAAUGACCCUGGUCAACAGCUCCACUACACUUGGAUUUGAAGGGUCUGACGUUCCCAACGGGUGUUAUCCUAACCUUACUUUGCCGGCCUGGGGUUUCAAAGCCUUCGUCCCAAAAGAUAAUUUCGUACAGCCUUCUCCAUAUAUAACACGCUUCUCCCCAGGGCAUGACGCCCGACUUGUGCCCCAGGGGACAAGUGGGGAGACGAUACGGAUUGGUUUCGAAUUUUCUCAGAAGAUGGAUUGCCAGGAUAUCACCAACUCGCUGACGAUCACAUCCAAAGCGCUUGAGAACGAGAGCCCGCAGCUUGACUCGACCUCGGUCUCUUGCAAAUCCAUUGAAGAAACUGAUGUAGUGACAUGGCCAGGGGCACUCACUAGCGUUUUCAGCUAUGAGGUAGAUUUGAACAAUGUCUUUCCGGGGGUUCACAGAGUCACAGUUAGCAACGUGACUACUGCAGAUGGAAACCGAUCCACAGGUUCCAUCGACCACUUUUUAUUCCGUAUCGGACAGACGAACAAUCCGAUUGUCUGGCCACAGUUGGCCAAUUACAGCAGAACGCUACUGUUCGACAACCCAUCGUCUGAGACCGAGCCUUCUACAUUCAGUGCCUGGAUGACAUACACCGGUUUCAACACGUCGAUCCCUGGCAAAAAUUGGAGCGGCACUGCGAAGCAGGCCUGGGAAGGAGAACACAUUCUUGCCCAAUACUGGAGCAACAUGGAGACACGCAAUGGGCAUCCAAGCCCCCCACGUCGUUUCCCAAACCUCUUCAUCGAAGGCGAAUUCAACCAAUUCGGAUAUGACGCUGGCUAUUCCAACGAAAUGGCUCUUAGCAACACCACUGGCCUAUGGGAAAUCCACUUCAUGGGCGAGUGGCCCGUACAGGUUGCAUUCAACGUCUGGGGAUUAAAUGAAGACGGCCUGCCUGACCAGACGCAGGUGUUUGGGGACAUCGAUGGAGACAACGUUCUGGAUCAGGUUCCUCCAGUCACUCUGCUGAGCAAUGUGUUCAACGUCACCAUCCCACCUCCUUCGCCUUAUCUUGCCUUCAAGCUGUCGGUAGGUGACGGCGAUCUCAAGGUCUUUGCUACGCCUACAGGAUCCAGAUGGGUUCAGUUGGCCAUCUUCAUUGUGCUAGCGAUUGUGCCUGUUACCACUGCUAUGGGUGCGGUGUGCAUUUACUUGAAGGCAUUUUACCAGGUCAAAUUCAACCAAAUCGGUGUCACCGAGAAAAGAUCAAGCCUCGCUCCACUGAUGAGCGCCUUUCAAAAGGUGACUCACCGAUCUAAUGACAGUGAAUCCAAUCCCGGAUUUGCUCUAACCAAUGUGGGCCCGUUCAUAUCUGAGAAUGGAGGCGUCGUCGGUGCCAUGGUAAACACUCGCCGACGAACCGUGCUCAUUGCGACCAUGGAAUACGAUAUUGAAGAUUGGGGGAUCAAGAUAAAAAUCGGUGGGCUCGGUGUGAUGGCCCAGUUGUUGGGGAAACAUCUGACGCAGCAGAAUAUCAUAUGGGUUGUCCCUUGCGUUGGGGGCGUUGACUACCCCAAGGACGAUCCUCGUGAGCCGAUGGUGAUCACAGUUCUUGGCAACAAUUAUCAAGUGGAUGUCCAGUAUCAUCGGCUACAAAACAUCACGUACGUCUUGUUGGACGCGCCUGUUUUCCGAGCUCAGUCCAAAUCGGAGCCGUACCCUGCCCGCAUGGAUGACUUGAAUUCGGCUAUUUUCUAUUCUAGUUGGAAUCAAUGUAUAGCUGAAGCUAUCAGGAGAUUUCCCGCUAUCGACCUCUAUCACAUCAAUGAUUACCAUGGCGCCGCUGCCCCUCUCUAUCUUCUACCUCGCACGAUUCCAUGCUGCCUAUCUCUGCAUAAUGCUGAAUUUCAAGGGCUCUGGCCAAUGAAGACCCCACAACAGAUUCAAGAAGUUUGCAGUGUCUACAACCUUGACCAUGCAGUGGUGAAGAAGUAUGUACAAUUCGGAGAAGUGUUUAACCUUCUGCAUGGAGCUGCCAAUUAUCUGAAAAUUCACCAAAACGGUUUCGGCGCUGUCGGCGUCUCCAAGAAAUAUGGCAAGAGAUCGUACGCCAGAUAUCCAAUUUUCUGGGGUCUCAAGAACAUUCAAGCGCUACCAAACCCCGAUCCAUCUGACAUCGCCACGUGGGAUCACAACGCAAAGAACCAUCUCGAAGAGGUCAUCAUCGAUGCAGAGUUUGAAGCCAGUCGUGCUACUCUCAAGAGACAAGCGCAAGAAUGGGCAGGGCUCAAAGUUGACCCAGAGGCCCAGCUGUUUGUGUUUGUCGGCCGUUGGUCCAUGCAAAAGGGCAUUGAUCUGAUUGCAGACAUCUUCCCCUCCAUUCUAGAUGCUCACCCAACGGUCCAGUUGAUGUGCAUUGGUCCAGUCAUUGAUCUCCAUGGAAGAUUUGCCGCAAUGAAACUGAAUCGACUUACAAAGCUCUACCCUGGGCGAGUCUAUUCAAAACCAGAGUUCACUGCACUACCGCCCUUCAUUUUCAGUGGCGCUGAAUUUGCCUUGAUUCCUUCGCGCGAUGAACCGUUCGGUCUGGUGGCCGUGGAAUUCGGACGGAAAGGAGCUUUGGGCGUGGGAUCACGUGUUGGCGGCCUAGGGCAGAUGCCAGGAUGGUGGUUCACAAUUGAGUCUAUGACAACCAAGCAUCUUAUCCAACAGUUCAAGAUGGCCAUCAACGAUGCUUUGAAAUCGUCUCAGGAGACACGAGCGCUCAUGCGUGCGCGAUCGAGUAAGCAGCGCUUUCCCGUAGCACAGUGGGUUGAGGAUCUAGAAAUCCUACAAGCCACCUCAAUCGAAAAGCACGCGAAGUACUCUAAACGCCACGAUCGCAGUUCGUGGAGAACGUCCUAUGGCAGCAACCAUAUACCAGAAGGCAUUUGCAAAGUCUCGUCGAGCUCAAACAACAGCCGCAGACAUAGCCGGUCACCCAGCUCCACCGUGUCUGUCCCGCCGAGCAGGCCGAAUACGUCCGAUAUGAGACUGUCUGCACCUCGACCAGGCUUUGACCACGUUACGUCGCCGACAAAUCUGUCUUUCAGUCAAAAUGUGUCAGACAAAGAGCCCGAUUCUGACAACGGCCCAAGACGCAGACCCCUGCCAUCUGACACUCUCGCAGACUCGCGAAUCAUUUACUCUGCGGUAAGCGAUAGACAAGAUCUCGAGCCCUUUUCUGGCGCCAUCCAGGGCGACGGCAGUGUUCGUCCAUCACCACUCGGGACACCUACAGUUGAUUUCGCUCGAUCUGGUGCUAGCACACCUGUUCUGGGUUCACGACCAGAAGACGGUCUACUGGGCCGAGGAGAGGCAAGAGAGUCCAUGAUGAGUUUGGUCAGUUUCGAUGGCAUAAUAAACGAGAAACAAGACUUCAAUCUCCAGAAGGUUGAUCCAUUUUUCACGGAUGCGAACAACGAGUAUGCGGAUAAGUUUGAAAAGAAGCUUGCGGAUCUGAAUAGUAAGAACUCCGAAGACCAGCUCUGCAUUGAAGAGUUUCUCGAGAAAAGCCAAAAAGACUGGUUCAAUCGAUACCGCGACGUCAAAUUGGGCAAGUCCCCCUUGCCGUCUCCUGCUCCUUCUGUCUUUCACAUCAAGGUUCGUGAAACGGGUCGAGAGAGCCCGCCAAAUAUUGGUCCACUUGCAGACCAAAGUGCCGGACAGUUCCUUCUACCGAAUGACUAUGUUCCCCCAACGGGUCUGAAGCGUUUCAUGUUGAUGAAGCUGGGUGAUUGGCCUGUGUAUUCCAUCUUUCUCGCUAUUGGACAAAUACUCGCCUUGAACUCGUACCAGAUCACACUCCUGAACGGUGAGAUUGGAGAGACGGCCGAAAAGCUAUACAUUUUGGCGUCCAUCUAUCUUGCCUCUUCGAUCAUUUGGUGGAUGGUCUUCCGUCUAGUUCCCUCGGUCUAUGUGUUGGCGUCUCCUUUCAUUAUAUAUGGGUUUGCCUUUUUGUUUGUUGGUCUUGCCGGUCCCAUCCACAGCAGCGCAAGUCGAACCUGGCUCCAGAACGUCGGAACUGGCUUGUACUCGUUUGCAUCUUCGAGUGGUUCAUUGUUUUUCGCCCUCAACUUCGGAGAUGAAGGUGGAGCGCCUAUGAAAUCCUGGAUUUACAGAGCCACUGUCAUCCAAGGCACUCAGCAAUUGUUCAUCAGUUUUCUUUGGUACUGGGGUAGCUGGAUGGCAGCCCUCAAUCGGAAGGGCAAUACGCAAUUCAGCCUUGCCAUGACCGAUCCGGGUGCUUUGCUGGGAAUCGGACUCGGACUUGCCUCUCUUCUGUGGCUGUUGGGUGCCAUGGUCUUUUUCGGACUUCCUUCAUAUUAUAGACAGGCACCAGGUCAAGUGCCGACAUUCUAUCUAUCGCUCUUCCGCCGUCGCAUAAUUCUUUGGUUUUUCUACAUGGUGUUUAUAUCAAACUACUGGCUGUCGGCACCUUAUGGACGAAACUGGCUCUAUCUCUGGUCCAGCAAGCAUGCACACGUGUGGCAAAUCGUGCUUCUUGUCCUCUUCUUCUUCAUCGUUGUUUGGGCGGCAGCUCUCUGGGUCUUCCACGUCUUUUCUAAGAGACACGCCUGGUUCAUCCCGAUAUUUGCCGUCGGUCUUGGUGCGCCUCGAUGGGCCCAGAUCCUAUGGGCAACCUCCAACAUAGGCGCAUACAUUCCCUGGGCCGGUGGUCCUGUAGCCGGAGCCAUCCUUGGAAGAGCACUUUGGCUCUGGCUAGGAGUUUUGGAUUCUCUUCAGGGUGUCGGGUUUGGAAUGAUUCUCCUCCACACAAUGACUCGAUUCCAUGUCACCUUCACACUAUUAGCCGCGCAGGUGGUCGGUUCUAUUGCGACUAUCCUCGCCCGCGCAACAGCACCGGAUAAGUUAGGCCCUGGUGAUGUUUUCCCUGACUUCUCCGCUGGCGUCGCGGCCGGCUUGGGGAAAGCAGACUUCUGGGUCUGCUUGCUCUUCAUGCUAUCCAUCAACGUGCUCUGCAUCUUUUUCUAUCGCAAGGAACAACUCGCGAAACCUUGA